AUGGCACCCCUCAUCCCCUCGCGCCACGCCGCGCGCGACGUCCUCUCGCCCCUCACCCCACGAUCUCGACAAUCGACGCCCGGCCUGAAAGCCCUCACAGCGCGCAUCCUCCCACGCGCCGCCACCAACGUCGACACCGUACCGCAGGGCUACGGCCAAACGCCCUUCGGCCCGGACGCCGGCACCGUCGUGGGCAUAGUCCUAGGCUCCGUGGCGGGCUUCCUGUUCCUGCUAUGGCUCAUAUACAUGGUCGUCAACCUCGGGAACGGGCCCUCAGCCGUCGUCGAGACGGGCUCCGUCCGAAACGGCGGCGGUACGUCCGCAUCCGUGGUAUCGCGACACUCGAAGCCGCGCCCGCACCGCCACCACAGCAAGCGCCGCUCGCACCACUCCUCGCGGUCGCCGGCGCCCGGACGCCGCACCACGGAGACCGUCGAGAUCCGCCGCGAGCGCAUGGCCGCUGCGCCCAUGCUGCCGCGCACGCCCGACCGCGACCAGAUUGUGGUCGAGGAGCACCGCUCGCGCAGCGUCAGCCGGCCGCCGCCGCCCAUGCCGCCGCCCGCGCCGCGCAUCGUCCCUGACGAUGACGACGACGAUGAGGUCGUGGUUAUCGAGGAGCAUACGCCGCCGCGCCGUCGCGACAGCAGGGGCCAUCAUCGCAGGCGGAGCAGCGAGCGCAGGAGCGGCGGCGGGUAUCGGGAUGUGGACCCGUACCGGUUCGCCGGCGGCGAUGGGCCGGUGCGGGAUGUGAGUCGGCGGAGGAGCCAGUCGCGGAGGUGA